AUGGAUGAGGAGCCGUUGGCUUGGAAUUGCCCUCGAGGGAUGUCGCCAAGCUUAACGGGCGAAGGAUUGAAGCGUGGAACUCGCGUUGGCGAAGGAGCGUUUCGCGAAGUCGCAGCGUAUCUUCUGGACCACCCGCUUCGUGAAGGCGAUGCUGAGGUUUCAAUCUUGGGCUGCCUGUCGUCGGCUGAGCUCGGUAUAAGGAAGAUUGGAUCGUUGCAGCACUUUGUCCCCGCUAUAAGCAAUUGCGAGGACAUGGGCCCGGCUCGGUUCGCUGCUUCUGAGGUUCAUAAAAUCGCGAUUCUGGAUAUGCGGCUGGCGAACGCGGAUCGGAACGGCGCCAACAUCCUGGUGAAAAGCGACGGCGCAGAUCUGAAGCUGAUUCCGAUCGACCACGGAUACUGCCUUCCGGAAACGCUGGAAGACUGUACAUUUGAAUGGUUGUACUGGCCUCAAGCGAAGCAGCCUCUAAGCGAGGAAGUCAGGGAAUAUAUCGCGAGACUUGAUGCCGAAGCUGAUCUGUCGCUGCUGCAGGCGAAUGGAUGGGCCGUGAAAUACGCGUGCUCGCGCGUGUUUCGCGCGGCGACGCUCCUGCUCAAGAAAGGUUCGGCUGCAAAUCGAACUGUUUUCGAGAUUGGCUCACUGAUGGUUCGCCACGAUCCCGAGGUUCCAUCCGCGUUAGAAGACAUGCUGGCACGUGCGGAAGAGAAGGCGUUGAGUGGAGAAGCAGGAGGUGAUCUUAUGAAGUGUCUGGGUGAAAUUAUUGACCUCUACUGGGAAUCUAGGGCCAAAUAG